AUACUAGGUGCUUCUGCAACAAGUGGUCCAUCUGGUGGUUCAACCACUGCUUCUGCAACCACUGCCAACGGGGAAAGCCAAAAUGCAGAAAGACCUCAAGGAGGCAACCCGUCGGCUACACGUGGAUUGCCACCACGAACAGUUGUUACAGGACUUGCAGCUAUUCCGGCCUUUCCAGGGAGGUCCUCAGUUGGUGUUAUCCUUCCUGUUCAAAUGAGAAGCCAAGUGGCAGCACCUAACCAGUCAACUGGUCCUCAAGGUUCUCAGACUGCCGUGGGCAACGGAUCUCAACCGAAUUCGGCAUAUGUUGUUCCACAAGCUUCUUCAGGCAGUGCUGUUUCUGCUAUGAUAGCAGAGAUAUCUGCACAGGUAGCCAAUGCACUGGCUGCAAACCCGCAGGCAUUGGCUUCACUUACAUCAGCUGUGCUGAACCCAGCAGCCCAGGGGCCUCACCCCCCAACCACAAACAAUGGAGCUGGCACCGUGAGCUCUGUGACAUCAGGAAAUACACAAUCACAAAAUGAGCUGCCGGGUUCUCAUCAUGGGCAAACUUCAGUGAACGUGCAGUCUGAUGCAACUGGUGCAGGCACUGUGCCUUCAAAUACAUCCGGUCCCAGUUUGACACCACAAGACAUCAGUACUGUGAGUGUCUCCGAUGUUGAUAGCAGUCAACAACGCUCUGGGGAAUCGGCAGCAGCCAGCUUAGGAGGACAGAUGACAGGCACACUUACAGGUGAUGUUCCUUCGGGCAUGCCGGCAGAAAAUUCUGAACUGAAGAGCAAGCCGUCAGAUGGAGAAACCGGAGAGUCUACUAAACCUGCUGCUAGUGGUGGGUCUGGGCCACUUGGUCUUGGUGGUGGCCUGCAGCCCAAGAGACGUAGCAGAGCAACAAAGCUAUCUGGGACUAGCAGCGAUUCUGGGGAAGCCGUUAACACCUCUUCUGUCCCUAGAAGCCAGGAAGCUGUUCUGAGGGGACAGCAGGCUCUGCAAGCUCUUGUUUCGAGAGGCGCUAAUGCGAGCAGCGGCAGUGUUACGGCUUCUCAAGCCCCAUCUUCAACUCCUCGGUCUGCUGCUGGAAUGCCUCUGAGAAGACCGGGUGGUGAAGGGCAAGUUGACCUCGGCAGUAUGCUAUCAAGUGUUCUCAACAACCCGAUGUUCAGCAAUCUGAUGUCAAAUGUAGCUGCUCAAACAGGGAUGGAUUCACCAGCUGAUGUGAGGAACAUCAUGGAAGACCUGACACAGAACCGUGCAGUGAUGGACACCUUGAGCAGUAUGGUGCAAAAUGUGGAUGUGCCACAGAGGGGGGGCCAAGGUGGCUUUGACUUGUCCAGUAUGAUGCAGCAGAUGAUGCCUGUUGUGUCACAAGUUCUUGGUGGAGCUUCACCUCGUCGUGCUGGUACGGAUGUGCAGCCUCGACAGAAUGACAGGGAAGUGAGCGGCGCCGCAGGUGGAAGAAGCUCUCAGAUGGAUCUCCAAGAAGCAUGCCAACGCAUCGAGCAACGUGAUGCCCCUGAGGAUAUCUUUGGUGCUGUCCUUGAGACCGCUGCCCAGGCUUAUGGCAACGACGAGAGCAUCGAGGUCAUGCUUGAAGAGCUUGCCAGUGACCCAGAGCUCGCUGAUGAGUACAUGAAGCUUCUGCUGGAGCAAGUCGGCGAGAGGGUGGAGUCUGAAUCCGAGGCCAAGACGCAGUCGUGAAGCGUGGCCCGGGAGUCGGUCCGGUCGGUCAAGUGGGCGGUACAUUUCAGGCGCGGCGUGGUUGACAAUGUGGUGAAAACAUAUAUACAGAACUCAUGACUUGUGGAUGUAAUUGUGUCUCCUGACUGUGGAUGUAGUUGUUGUCUGUUGUCACCGAAUUUUGCUAGUGACAUGCACAUAGCUAGCUAGCUUUGGGGAACCGUAUACCUGGAUCGUCUGUCUGUGCUACCGACGACAUUUCGACAUUUAAUUGUUGGUCAUUGCGAUUUAUGCUGGACUCGGAUUUUUCGCUGUUGA